UCAACGCACGCACACCUGACCCUCCCCAUCCCCACGCACGCAAGCGCAGCGGCAAUGGCGGAACCGCCGCCGGCGCCACCAUCGCCCCUGCCGCCGCUCCCUCAACCCCUGCUGUUGCCGCAGAAUCUCGACGCCGUUGCGCCUCAAGGCUACUCGCCCACCGCAUCUUCGACCCUAUCCAGGCGACGCUUAAUGGCGGAACCGCCGCCGGCGCUUCCCCAGCCCCUGCCGCAUGGUCCCGCCGCCGCCGCGCCUCUAUCCCUCUCGUCUACCGCGUCUUCGAUGGCCUCCGCAAACGGGCUAGCAGCGGCAACCUCUCCCAGGGGCCAUGUCGCCCAGAACCCUAGGAUUGGGGGUUCCGGCGAGGUGGAGAGUAGGGCAGUGGCGCCUACGGCCGAUGCUCUUCCCAAGAUCAACUCUUCUGUGGGCGCACUCGCAGCAGCCCCUCCGCCCCAGAUUUCCAUGCCCGACGAGGAGGAAGGCAUGGCAGACGAAUGCGGCUCAACCUCUCUCUCUGCUAUUUGUGCUAGGAUGAUCCAGUCUUGUACUUACACAAUAGAGGUCAAGGUUUGUGGCAGUGAAUCAAAAAUCAAUGGAGAUUCAACUUUUAGUUGGCAGAUUAUUGAGGGUACUAGGACAAGUAUGAAGGAUUUGCUGGCUUGUAUUGCUGGAACUUCUUCUUUUGCUUUAUGCUCAGAGGAUAAUAUAAUUCUUGAGUAUAUUGAUUCCAUUAGUGGCAAAAAUAUCUCUGUGUCAAAUGAUGAAGAAUGCAUGAAAAUGUUUGACUGUUUUGAGAAGAAUAGGGGUGGCCAUUUGAUCAUCAACUAUUCUGAGAGAAGUGAUAAUGUUGAUGUUCCAUGUACUCCUUCGAACCAGACACCAUCUAUAGCACUACCUAGUCAACCAAGUAAUGUCAUGGAUGAAGCUAGUGUAUGCCUAACAGAUACAUAUCUUAACAAUCCCCAUGAAGAAUAUGAACAUGUUGGUGUAGAUGAGGAGGACCAAUACUCAAUUAGCAGUGAUGAUGAGGUCGGAGAAAAAGAUAUACCAAAUACUGAUUAUGUUGAGGAUAGCAGCGAUGAUGAGGAAUGGGUUGCGGAAGAUGCUAGACCGGAUGCUAUUCCAGAAAUUGCCUAUGACAAAGAAAACCCGCCAAUGCAUGUUGGCGCAAAGUACCCCAACAUUGAAGAGCUUAGGUUGGCAAUUGCUACAUACGCUGUGAAGAAAGAGUUCGAAUUUAAGGUUGAAAAAAGUGAACCUACUCGAUUCAGGGCUUAUUGUCGCUGGGCGAACAAGACGGGCUGUAAAUGGAGAAUUCAUGUUGGGAGGUUGGAUGACCGAGAAACUAUGGAGGUCAAAGUUCAUGUGCAGGAGCACACAUGUUCUAGCACAAAGAAGAAAAAGAAGCAGAAAAAUGCUUCAAAGGCAUGGGUAUGUGAGAAAGUCAUGGACUGGGUAAAAGAGGAUCCUAGUGUUCGGCCGAUGGAAUUACGCAGGAGGCUACAUGACAAGUACAAGAUCAAGGUCCAAUAUACAAAAGUAUUCCGUGGCAAAGGGCUAGCAAUGGCUAAGUUGUUUGGUAAUUGGGAUGAUUCUUUUGACAAGCUAUAUGCUUGGAAAGCUGAGGUUGAGAAGAGGUCUCCUAGAAGUAUAGUUGUGAUUGACCACAUGGAGUAUGACCAGAAAAAAUAUUUCAUACGAAUGUUUGUUGGGCUGAAGCCUUUGUGCGAUGGGUUCUUGGCUGGCUGCAGACCUUACUUGGCGAUAGAUAGCACUCAUUUGACAGGCAAGUAUAGAGGCCAAUUAGCUACUGCUUGUGCUAUUGACGGGCACAAUUGGUUGUACCCUGUAGUCUAUGGAGUUAUCGACUCGGAAACUACUGAAAGUUGGGUGUGGUUUAUGGAGAAGCUUCGUGAUGCUAUUGGCUCUCCCCCCGGUCUAGCUAUAUGUUUAGAUGCAGGAAAAGGGAUUGACACUGCAAUCGAACAGGUAUUUGGGUAUGCUGAACAUAGAGAAUGCAUGCGACACUUGGUUGUGAACUUCAAGAAAAAAUUCCAUGGUAAAGUUUUUGAUGAUCAUUUGUGGCCAGCUGCUUAUUCAUGGACUCCUCGAGGGUUUGACUAUCACAUGGCAGCCAUAGAGGAGAAAAAGGCUGCUGCAAUAGCAUACUUAAACAAGUACCACACCAGGCUAUGGUCAAGGAGCAAAUAUUCAACCUCCUCAAAAGUGGAUUAUGUUACAAAUAAUUUGGCCGAGUGUUUCAACAACUGGAUCCGCAAGCACAAAGGUUUAAUGUUGUUUCAGCUCAUGGACAAGAUAAGGAGAAAGAUUACGGUUAAGUUUGAGAAGAGGAGAAGGGUAGCUAGAAAAUUUCAAGGUCGGCGUAUACUUCCAAGUGUCAUGAAGGAGUUGAAUGACAUAAGCAGGGGGCUGGACAUUGAAUAUGAGAGAAUAGAUGACAUGGUUGCAGAAGUGAGUGAGAGUGUUGCGCUAGGUGGCAAGCGCCACGUCACUGAUCUAGCAAACAGGACAUGCACAUGCAGGGCAUUUCAAGUCUCCGGGAAGCCUUGCAAACAUGCAAUUAGCUUUAUUACUGGAAUUAGGGGGGUCACAAUAGAAGACUUCGUUGAUGAUUGUUACAGCGUUGCCAAGUUUGCUGCAGCUUAUGCUCCUAUUCUUCCUGGCCUAACCGACAUGUCUCAAUGGCCAACUAUUGUUGUGAACUGGUUGCUUAACAAGUACCUGGGGUAUUGA